AUGGGUAAUAAGAACUCGCGAAUGGACGCCGGAGUGGGUGCCUUGGUGGGACAGCAACCUGGCACCACUCUCAGGCGCGAUUCGGAGGGGGUUGUCACCUUCCUGGCACCUACAUCCUUCCUCCACCCUGGCUCACGUGACCGUCUUGCAGAAGUGGGGAGUGUCAAGGGGGGAUCACUGCAGAGUCCGUCGUCUCAGCAGAUGGGCUCAGCAACGGCCGCAACCAAGACGGGACACACCACUUCUGUGCACGGCACCCCUACUGCGAGGUUACAGCAGAAACAGCAUCAGAGAAUCAGAUCCAUGG